CGUUUCCAUGGAAACUCACACGUAGGCAGGAAGAGGAAGUAGAGUUCGCCUCAGUGGUAAAGUUUGUUAGCUAAAAAUAACCAUAACAGCUCUAACCUCGUCUGACAAGUAACGUUUUUUACCGUUAUGGGAGCCACAGCCACUAAAUUACCCAAGGAUCAGUUGUCGGAGUAUCAGGAGCUCACGUUCCUCAGUAAACAAGAAAUUCUACUGGCGCACAAGAGAUUCACUGAACUCCUGAACAGAAAUGAGAGGCAACAACUCAGUUCCCGGGUACCCAUGGAUAAAAUUUGUGCUUUGCCAGAGCUCAAGUCCAAUCCCUUUCGAACAAGGAUCUGCCACGUCUUCUCCACCUCAGAUACGAAGGAUGGGAGCAUAAGCUUUGAAGACUUCUUGGAUCUCUUGAGCGCCUUCAGCGAUUCAGCAACGCUUGAAAUCAAAUCACACUAUGCUUUCAGAAUUUUCGAUUUUGACGAUGAUGGGACACUUGAUUACGAAGAUCUCAAGAAGUUGGUGAACUGUCUGACUGGGGAGUCCACAGACACGAGACUCACUUCUGAGGAAAUGAAUCAGCUCAUAAACAAUAUUCUUGAGGAAUCAGACAUUGAUAAAGAUGGGACUGUAAAUCUCUCAGAAUUUCAGCAUGUUAUCUCCAGGUCUCCAGAUUUUGUUAGUUCAUUCAAGAUUGUGCUGUGAAGAUUACAGAGAACCAAAGACAUCUUUUCCCCAUCCAGCUUGUUUUCAACACGUGUGCACUUUGCUCUUCUCCCAGCAGUACUAAUGUAACAUGUUAAUUGUGGUUUACUGUAUUUCAGCUGCCUUUGUAAUUGCAAAGAUUUUGAAUAUCUCUGCCGAACUCUUAUUUCUCACUUUUUUCUUUGGAAAUGUAUUUGUAUAUUUGAUAAAUGCUUGUACUUUUCCUUUA